CACUCGGUAUGAUAUUAGCCCGUACUGAAUGACGAUCAAUCAACCCCACUUGCGUAUCCAUGCCGGACCUCUAUCCACAUCCAUAGCUGUCGCAUACAGGUAACAGCUACCACCGACCGCAAAACAUCAAGAUGUCAGAACCACUACGAACCACAACGGCAACAUCAACACUCUCCACCUUCCCACUCGAACUGCUAAAACUAAUCGCCUCAACCCUCCCCACCGCCCGCGAUAUAACAAACUUCUCUGUUGUCUCGCGCCACUUCCACGCCGCCGUCUACUCAGAUCAAUUCGUCUUCCGCGGGCUAUUCCACGCCCUCUACGAGCCGCCGCACCCCUCCGUCCGCCGCGGGUACUCCUACACCGCCGCCGUGCGCUCGCGGCACCAGCUGCUGCACCGGAUCUCUUCCGCGCUCGAUGCCGUCUCUCCAGAGGAGCGGGAAUCCUCGCUGCAGCUCCAAUCCUCGGCGGAGGAGGACAUCGUCUUCUCGAUGCUACUCGACGCCCGCCCCCGGCGGCCUACGGCGCUGUCCACGCUCACCUCCCGCAACCUCGAGCUGCUAGCACACGUCCGCCCGCGUCUCCGCGCCACGCACGUCAACACACUCGCGCUCCUCUCCUCCCUGCCUAGUAUCCACCGGCUGCCGCCGAGGUCCGCGGAGCUGGCGCUGCUGCUGCUGCCGCAUCUGCCCCCCGUCACCCCCAUGCCCCAUAGUAACGCCGCGCUGAGGACGUUCACGCGCGGGCCGUUGAGGGAUCAGCUCGGUGUGGCCGCGAGUAUCGCGCGGGGGUUUAAGACUCAUCUACUAGGCGGGGAUGUGUUCUGGCAGAGGCGAUUGCUGGAGAAGUGGGAGAUGCCGGGGUUUUGGAAGGUGGGGAGUGAGGCGGCGGAUGCGGCGGGGGCGCAAGGGUUGGGGAGGAGGUGGUUGGGUGGGUAUGUUUAUAGAGACACCCUCCCGAUGGACCAGAGCGAAGCCUUCUUCAGCGAAUUCACCAUUUCCCCCAGCAGCCCCACCUCAUUCAGCGGGCUCGGCAAAGAUUUCGCGUCGUUCCAGCUGGUGCGCGGGCACAUCACUCGCAACGAUCGUGGAUGGGGGCAGGUGCGCUGCACAAAGGAGUACACCAAUGCCAACGGCGUCGUGAGUCCCGUGUGGGAGUAUGGCGGCGUUGUGACGCCCGGCGGAAACAUCAUUGCGGGCAUGUGGUGGCAAAAGGACGUGGAGGAGCUGGGCAGGUUUGGCGUCUUCCUGUGGUGGAAUAUUCCUGAAGAGGCCGAGGAGCUGGGCAGGAGGGACGUUAGGCUGUCGAUUGUGGUCUGAGGGUUCCCGAGGGGGUUUGUGCGGUGAAUAGGAUUUGGGUCUUCUUUUUUGUCCCAUCAUUCCGUAUUAUGGCCACAUUCGGCCAUGAGAGUUCCAAGUACCCCCGAGCCUGUCCCCCAGGCCGCCGAAUACGGUGGUUAGACAGCGCUUCCUCAUCCCCCGAUAGAAUCUAGAAUAUCGUCGAACGGGAG